UAAUUGAAUAUGUUUAUUUUGCAAGUCAAAUUCAAAGGCAUUUUUUACUUAGUUGUCUUCACUUUAAUAGCUUUUUUCUCAAACCGGCCUCAGGUGUUGCUGAUUUCAUUUAAACUCUUGCUGUAGCUUUCCCAUUCUCAGCUUUUGAAGGUGGUGUUUGUGAAGAAUAUACAGUUUAUGAAUGCCUCAUACAAGUGAAAUUACAGCUAGAGAAGGAUUUUAUAGGCAAGACUCCACGUUUACGCAGCGGAAAAUGGUUCUAUGUAAGAAAAAUAGCAUCAGCCCUGCAUCUAGGUCUUGCAGUGCUUACCACAUUGUCUCAGCAAACACUGCAAGUGUCUAUGAAUUUUGACAAAAAUACUUUAAGAUCCUGCAUUCCAGACCUGCUCAGAGUUUGUCUCCUUUCUUUUGUCAUGGAUGGGUAAUCAUUUGCAAGUUUCCCUACCCUCACCCCACCUCACGGUCUCUAAUCUGAAGACACCAAAUAGAAACUACUCCUGAGAAGGAGUGAAGUAAUCUGGGGGAGAGCAGAGUGCCCUUUGAAGUUAACCUGCAGCCAGAAGAGUGGGAGGGAAGAGCUGGUGCUUCUCACAGGAAACAGACAGAUGAUAGGAUGCUGCAGCUAGCCGGCGUGGGACUGAACCCCACCUGAACUUUUCCGACCUUUGAACCCGUGUCUUCCCACAAUGCCCUGCCCUUGCCGUGGGAAGCUGAAGCUUUUGGUUGCAUCUGUGGCAUUUGUGCUCCUGCUGACAUGGCUGUACCUCUUGGUGGGCAAUUUGGAAAAUGGACGGUCCUUGCUGGUGUCCCCGUGUUUCGGUGACCAGUCAGAGCACUACCUGGAGCGGGACGUCCUGGAGUCUCGGGUCAGAGAGGUGGAGGAGGAGAACCGCCAACUGCGCCUGCAGCUUGGCCAGUCGCAGGGCCCCAGCCAGGAUGGGAACUAUGGCAACCAGCAGUGGGUGGCAUCUGCCGACACAGGAGCAGAGGACGGGGAGAACACCGCAGAGGACAAGGGGAACCACACUGACUGCGUCAGACCACCCAUGGUGGAAAAGUGCGAGCUUAUCCACGUUGCUUGCGUGUGUGCUGGUCACAACGCCAGCCGUGAUGUGGUUACCCUGGUGAAGUCCAUUCUAUUUCACAGGAAAAACCCACUCCAUUUCCAUUUCAUCACCGAUGCAGUGGCUCAUCAGAUUCUGAGCUCCUUGUUUCAGUCGUGGAUGGUGCCUUCGGUACAGGUCAGCUUCUACGAUGCAGAUGAAUUGAAGUCAGAAGUAGCUUGGAUUCCUAACAAGCACUACUCAGGAAUAUACGGUCUGAUGAAACUGACUUUGACCAAAGCGCUCCCCUCUGACCUCACCAAGGUCAUCGUCUUGGAUACUGACAUCACCUUUGCCACCGAUAUCGCAGAGUUGUGGGCUAUCUUUAGGAAAUUCACAGAUAAACAGGCUAUUGGCCUGGUAGAAAACCAGAGUGACUGGUACCUGGGAAACCUUUGGAAGAAUCAUAAACCUUGGCCAGCACUGGGACGAGGCUUCAACACAGGUGUCAUCCUCCUGCUGUUGGAGAGGCUGCGCAGGAUAGGCUGGGAGCAGAUGUGGAGGCUGACGGCCGAGCGGGAACUGAUGAGCAUGCUCUCUACCUCGCUGGCAGAUCAGGACAUUUUCAAUGCUGUUAUAAAGCAGAACCCAGUCCUUAUUCACCAGCUUCCUUGUUUCUGGAACGUGCAACUGUCGGAUCACACACGCUCUGAGCAGUGUUACACUGAGGUGUCUGACCUCAAGGUCAUCCACUGGAAUUCUCCUAAGAAGCUGCGAGUGAAGAACAAGCACGUGGAGUUCUUCCGCAACCUGUACCUGACCUUCCUGGAGUAUGACGGCAAUCUCUUGCGAAGGGAACUAUUUGGCUGCCCAAGUCAGCCGAGCACAGAGAGCAUUCGUUUACAGGCAGCUCUGGAGGAGCUGGAUGAGGAUGACCAGUGUUACGAUUUUCGCCGGGAGCGAAUCAUGGUUCACCGGAUUCAUCUAUACUUCCUGCAGUACGAGUACAUGGCCACACAGGAUGAGACUGAUAUCACGCUUGUGGCUCAGCUCUCGAUGGACAGAUUACAGAUGCUGGAGGCCAUCUGCAAGCACUGGGAAGGACCCAUCAGCCUUGCUCUGUAUAUGUCUGAUGCGGAGGCCCAGCAGUUCUUGCGUUACGCCCAGGCCUCUGAGGUGCUGAAGAACCGCAAAAAUGUCGGAUAUCACAUCGUCUACAAAGAAGGCCAGUUCUACCCCGUCAACCUCCUGAGGAACAUCGCUCUCCAUCAUGCCAACACCCCUUACGUCUUUCUGGCAGACGUUGACUUUUUGCCAAUGUACGGGCUCUACGAUUACCUCAGAAAAUCCAUCAUACAGCUGGACAUGGCUCAUGUGAAGAAAGCGCUGGUGGUCCCAGCAUUUGAAACACUACGGUAUCGCCUGUCCUUCCCCAAAUCCAAAGCAGAGCUCCUCUCCAUGCUGGACAUGGGGACACUCUACACGUUCAGGUACCAUGUGUGGACCAAGGGCCAUGCCCCUACCAACUACGCCAAGUGGAGAACAGCGACCAUGCCCUACAAGGUGGAGUGGGAAUCCGAUUUUGAGCCUUAUGUCGUCGUGAGACGGGACUGCCCUGAGUACGAUCAGAGGUUUGUCGGCUUUGGUUGGAACAAAGUGUCCCACAUCAUGGAGCUCGAUGCACAGGAGUAUGAUCUGGUGGUGCUGCCCAAUGCCUUUAUGAUUCACAUGCCUCAUGCACCCAGCUUUGAUAUCUCCAAAUUCAGAUCGAGCUCCAACUACCGCAACUGCUUGACAACACUGAAGGAUGAGUUUCACCAGGACCUCUCCCGCAAGUAUGGAUCAGCGGCUCUGAAAUACCUCACUGCAGAGAGGAACCUGUAAAGCAAACUUCACGAGAUGGUCUGCUGGCCUGUCACCUGCCUGACGCUGACAUCAGCUGAGGGGACAGCUUAGCUGGUGCAGGUUCAAAACUGCCUCAGAAUUAUACCGUGUAAUCUCUAGGAGUUGGGAUGCUACUACUGCCCUUGAAGAAAGAUACAGAUACAGUAAUUAUGACAGGCUCAGAAAAAUAGAAACUCUGUCCCAGGAUGCUUAGUCUAAACCACCACAAAAUACAGCUGCAGAGCUGACAGGAAAUGGGGGAGUGUCCUUCCACCUUCUCUGCUGCGUCCCAAACUACAUUCACAGCACACAAGAGGAACAGACACUACAGAACGGGGACAACCUGGAGUCCGUGACCAAACUUUCCAAUGACAGCACACAUGUGCCGACAAAAAGGCUGGAUUUUUAAAGAGAUCCUUAACUUUAAGGAAUCUGGGGUGGGGGGGGGGGGGUGGAGAAAAGUUUUUUUUUGACAAUCAGGAUCUUUUUUUUUCCCCCCAACGAGGGCAAAUGAAUAAGGCAAGUCCAUCCGUCUGGGGGUAUUGCUGGGCAGCAAAGAUUUCAAGUUUUCUACUGGCACCUAAAAGCAGAUGAAAAGCUGUGAAAUGAAAAGUGCUAAUAGGAAAAUGGCUUAAGAGAUGUGUGAAGACAGCCAACUCCUGUAAGCAUUUUCUUGACCUGCUGUGGAUCUGUUAUCAACAAUUGAUGAGUUGCUCUUCUAGAGCAGGAUACAUAAGAGUAAUCACUGGAAAAAAAACCAACAUAUUUAGCCUUAUUAUUAUUUUUCUUGAUAUUUAAAUUAUUUAAGCUAUUUUGUUAUUAGAUGUAAAUGAUUCAUAAAAUAAUGAUGUACACCUUUUUAAUUACUGUUAAAUAAUGAUUGCAUAACUUUUUUAUUCCUCUAUUCUGUUCUUUCAAAGAAAAUGUAAUCAAGGGUUCGUGUUUGUACAGGAAGAGUCCAAAAUGGCUUAGAAUGCUCUCAGCACCCCUUUCAUGUUAAAUCUGAGAACAACUGAAUUGCUUUGAUUUAUAUUUGACUCAUCUGAUGCCACCAUAUUGGAAGGAUUCUUUCAAUUCACAGGAACUUCUUAAAACCAUUUGAAUGAUUUGCACUAUUAGCCAUUGAGCCAGUAAUGUAAUUAAAAUAUAAAAAUACACAUAAAAUAGUAGAGGUACAGCACAACACAUACAUUUUAAAAUGUAAUACAAACCUUUAUUCAUCAAGUAACUGAUGAAGGAUUAGCAAAUUUACAAUCAGAACGAAACGCAUUGCUUAGAAUGGAAUUUGGCAUGAUGUAGUUACUAAACACUAUAUUCGUGGGCCAGAAGCUUCGGAGAAUUAUAUUGUAUUGUAAUAGAUACAAUAUGUAUCUAUUACUUUAGUUUUUGGUAUCCAAUUUGACUAAAAGCUCAGAUGAAAGCUAACCCUUGCAAAAAAAAUUGAGAAUUUUCUUUUAUUACUACAGCUUUUUAUUUUUCAUUUCUAUUCAUUACUGCCUUUAAAACAUACAGCACAGCUAGUCGAAUUUGUGUUGCUUCCAGAUGAUAGGCUGCAUUCAAAGACACUAACAUGUAGGUACCUGUACAGCACCUUUAGGGCUAAAUUAAGUCAAGAAUUAUUGCACUGUGAUAUCCCCUAUAAAUCACAGCAAUCAUAGUUUGAUAACAAUUUAUUAAGUUCAAGCUUUAGUUUACAAUUAAAUAAGCUGAAAUUCCAGAUUACAUAAGUCACCAAAUGGGUACUUACGAUGCACGUGGAAUCAAUCGCUAGCAGCAGAGGUGUUCAUAUUAUUUGCAUUACCAAAUGCAUAGAAAAGAAGAGCAUUCAUUUCUCCUUUUUCCUUAGAGACAAAAUGCAUUACAAAUGUAGACCUUCAUUGCAUGAAACUGAUUAUACCUUGGACCAAAACAACCUUCUGAUCCCCUGUCAUAAGUGUAUUGGUUAGAGCUUAUUGGUAGUAGACAUCCAAUUCUCCCAAAAUUGAUAUUUAGCCUUAAAGCAACUAAAAUAUCCCUUUCUUAGCAAAAAAGGGAGCUUAAUAGCUAAACACAUUCAUGCCAAUUAAUUAUCCGUAGAGUGGUUUAAGCUGUUGGAAUAGAUAUCAAAGGCUGCUGAAAACUUUGCACUGCAUGAUUGUUGAUUGUCUCCAUUUUGUGUAUGCAGCCAAGGACCAGAUUAAUUUUUAAAGUAAUAUUUUUGAUAUACUAAAGUUAAAACCACAGUAUAUGUGUAUUGUACCUGCUAGAUGCUAAAAGGAAAAACUGUUGCAGUUGCAUAUCCGUCCAUAACACACAUACUUUGUUUUCAGAACUAUGAUGUGUUCCCAAGAUACUUUGACAUAUCCCCAGAGUACCAGUGUUACACCUUUGUGUUUUACCUUGUAAAAGCACCUGAUAUCUAGUUAACUAAAGAAAUAUACAUAGUAGUUGUCAAUUAGCACCUGAGAGGAAAACAAAUGUAGGAAAAAGGUUAAGAUGCCAUGUAAAUCGUCAGCCUGUUAAUGAAGGAAGGAAAAUAUAGAUACAUUGGUGUAACAUUAUCAACAGAAAUGUGCACAAAUGUCACGCCUCCCAUACAACAUGUAAAAGGUCUGCAAUAUCCUGGGAAUCAAUUGGUCAGUGGAAGUAUGUCCAGGUCUGAUGUGGUGAGUUUCUGAGCUCAGUUAUAUUAGGCAGGGAAUUUGUCUUUUAGACAAAAAUAAACAGGCUGUUUGAAUUUUUACAUUUUACGACUCAAAACAGCUGAAAUGGAGUUCGCGCCAAGAAAAGGGUAUUAUGAUUGACGUCAUUGCCUGGGGUUGCCAGCCGAGCCAGCAGCUGGUCUGGAAGGUUUGUGGGGAGGGUGCGAAAGUGAGUUCCUGGAGAGGGUCCCUCUUGUGUCUAAGUAGAGUGUUUUCUUGGAAGAAGGUGAUUGUCCGCCCGACAGUUACUUCCCUCUCUAGGGUUCUGGUCACAUGAUUUUGCUGAUGGAUUGCGCCCAGCCCAGACCUAGGGAUUACUCUCUAAUUCCAGAACUCCGGGAUAAUCCUGGAGGGUUGGCAACCUGAAUAGAUCCCCCUCUCUCCACACAUGCCAUUAUCACUGGGGCCAUUGUUUUCUAGCCAAUGGCAAAGGAUCAGUUCUGGUCAUGAAGCAGUGUUACUCCUGAAAAUACCAUCAAAAAAGGAGGAUAAAGCACUGGAGGGAGGUAGAAGCGUUAGUCGCUUGUCAUGUUGUCUUGGGUGAGGCCAGUAAGAUGGUGUAUAAAUAUUACCACCACCUCGUGACUACAGUGUGACUUGUGUACCUCUGGGUUGUCUAAUUCUCCUUUCCUGCCAGUGUGCUGAGUUCGGUGAUGCGAGUGCCUUUGCUGUAUUGUGAAACUGGGUAUUGAUUGUACUACUGUACUGUGGGAGCCUGAGAAAUGGCAGGUUCUCUAUUUAUUAUUGUUGAGUUAAAACAAACUUAUUUUUCUAUACAGGGGAAAAAAAGUGCUUUAAAUAAACUUGCCCUUUCAUAUAAA